GGCUCCGCUGAUACCCCGGAAGUUUUGAAUCCUGUUUCUGACCACACGAGCUGACAGCGAAGAGUAUUUAUUUAUAUAUUAUAUCUUCUGUGCCGUCGGUUUGUUUUUCAAACCUGAAAAGACGAAUAAUUAUCAAGUUUACCUGCACAACAGUGCACCGGGGUGAAGCUCCCUCCGUUCCCGCCCACAGAGCAGCAGAUGUCCGGCUUCGACCUGGUCCGAGUGGACGGUGGCGGCCGCGGGGAUCCGAUCCACCUGCCGCCGGGGGAGACGGUGCUGGGCCGGGGGCCCUUACUGGCUGUCAGUGACAAGAGAGUGUCCAGACUGCACGGGCUGCUGGAGAACCUCAACGGACAGCUGCGUCUCAAACCGACCCACCUGAACCCGUGCUUUGUUCAGUCGUCCCUGACCGACAGCCCCCGCCCUCUGCAGAGAGACUCCUGGUACCCUCUCCGCGACGGAGACUUGUUCUCUCUGCUGCCGGGCCACUUCAUCUACAAGGUGGUGGCCGUGGGCGGAGAGGACCGCACUCCCAGAAACAGUCAGCUGUUUGAAGAAGAAGAAGAACUUCCCGUUUCUCCCGAGCCAGAUGUGGGACCCCCUCCUCCUGUCGGACCCACUCCACCUCGCAAUGAGCCGGCACCAGCAGCUCUGUCGGACCAGGAGGAAGCCGACAACGGACGUUUAAACAAGGCAGACUGUGCACAACCAACGGAAGAGGAGGACGACCGAAAACACGUCACUCCGCCUGUAACCAAGAGGAGAGUUUUACCGGCGUGGAUGAUGGCGGCAGUGGCAGAUACGCACAGUCCCUCCUCCUCUUCCUCCAGUCCGAAAGUUCCAACAGCUGCUAAGCGAAGUAAAGCGCCGUCCACCAGCGCUAAAGGAGCAGCAGCCAAACAGGCCACGCCCCCCAAAACCUCCUCACCGGAGGGGGCGGGGCUUAGCGAGGAGGAGGAGGAGGAGGUGAGGCCGAAGAAGAGGAGGAGGAAGAGGAGCGAUGAGGAACAGACAACAUCUCGGUUGAAAACAGAUCUUCCUCCCCAGCAGCCUUCGGUUCGUCUUCCGAGCGAAUCCAAGAGGUCGGAGAUGAGCGACGAGUCUGACGCCUUCCCCAUGGAGACGGACGAGGCCGAGGGAGGCGGAGAGACAUCUACAGCUGACAGAAACGUCGCGAAAAACGGACAACGGCUGACAAAACGAGCCGAGUCUCUGGCAGCGAACAGUGGCGCUGCGUCCGGACCGCGACUCAGAACGCCGUGUCCGUAUGGGAAGAGCUGCUACAGGAAGAACCCGGUCCAUUUCCAGGAGUGCAGUCACCCCGGUGACACGGACUACGAGGAGGACGAGGAGGAGGAAGAGGAGACAGUGGAGGCGGACCGACCCGAGUGUCCCUACGGCACCGACUGCUACAGGAAAAAUCCUCUUCACAGGAAAGAAUACAAACACACAAAGAAACCAGCGCGCGCCACACGCGCCGUCCCCAAGAAGGACGACGGGGACGAGGACGAUGGGGACGACGACAGCUUCAUUAAUGACGACAGCGACGACGCGGGCGAUGACUCGGACUACCUUCCUCCCGUCUCCGAUGACAGCGAUAAGGAGGACGUCAAAGCACUGCAGAAGGAAGCAAAGGCCUUUAUGAAGAGAAAGAAGUAGAUACAGACUUAUUUUUAGUUUUGAAGCUGCAGAGCAGAGACACACUGCCGCAGCCGCAGCCGCAUCAACACAGUCACGUACAGGCAGGAAAAGAGCCUUAACUGAAAAUGAAGUCAAUGGGACAAACGCAUCUCCUGCUACCGUUGCCGAAAAACAGCCCUCUCCAACCACAAAACACUAACCUAACACGACGCCAGACUGAAUGAAAGAAGGGAAACUAAAAGGAAAAUCAGUUUCGUUGAGAGGCUGUAACUCCAAUCAGUGCAAGUCGUGAUUCUUUAUACUUUUCAUCCACCUGAUGUUGUUGUAGAAACUACCAAACUGCCUCUAAAA